AUGCGGGGCCACUACGCGAACAUCGCCGAGCGCGCCGUCGGGCUCACCGCGACGGUGCGCGUGCGGGGACCCGACCCGCGCGGUGACGUCGCCGCCGACGCAGCCUUCUUCACCCAUCAUCGCCCCGACGACGACCUCCUCCCGGGCGCGGACGGCGCGCCCGUCGUGGCGAUAUCCGCCACCGCGCUGCGGAUCCCGACGCGCGCGUCGACGCGGCAGGACGGGCGGCCGGCCGCGGGCGACGAUCGCAAGCGCUUCAUCGCCCCGCUCGCGCCCUUCCUCCCGUUCCUGGCCGCCCGCGACGAUGCCCGCGACGACCGCCCCCGCGCGCGCGCGCCGCUCGCGUCGCCCCUCGCGCCCGGGGUCGAGGUCCACGUCCGCCUCGGCCGCGAGGGACUCGGCGGCGACGAACCCGGGGGAUGGACGCGCGCGCGCGUCCUCGCGUCGUGCGUGCCGAGGGACGCGUCGAACGCCGUCGACGCCCUCGCCGGCCCCGCGGGACUCGGCGCCCUCCGACGGGGAUGGACCGCCGGCGGCGUCGCGCCGCUCGGUGACGCAUCGCACGUUCCCCUCGGCGCGGCCGUCACGGGCGUCGUCCUGAUCGAGACGAACGCCCGGGCGUCGACGCAGCCGCCGCAGCCGCCGCCGCCCGAGUGGAGGGACGCAUUCUUUGUGCGUGAGGGUGCGCCGAUCGUCGCGUGCGGAUCGCCCUUUGCCGCGCUGUCGCCGACGCAUUUCGCGUGCGCCGUGUUCGGUGGGCACGUCGCACGCGCGUGGGGUCGACGGGUAGGGAGGCGGCAGCGCGAGGGCGGUGACGAAGAUGGGCCCGGUGAGUCAUCGCCCGGUGAGUCACCGGGCAAUGACCCUCCGUUGCUGUUGGCGGAUGUCGUCGCGUUGCCUGGGACGGAGGGCGCGCCCGUUCUCGACGCCGACGGCGGCGGCGUGAUCGGCGUGCUGACCCCGCCGCUCGUCAGGCUCGAGCGGGGGCGGGACGGGGUGACGAGGGCGCAGGAAACGGUGCCUCUGGUGCUCACGAUGGCGUCCAUCCGCGACGCGCUGCGCGAGCUGGUGAGUGGGUCGUCGUUUUCGGGGGGGGAUGAGUCACCGGCCGGUGAGUCACCGCCCUCGCGGGUCGGACCCGCUUCCUCCUCCUCCUCCUUCCGGAACGCGUCGAACCCGUUGGACGCCGUCGUCCGCAGAUCCGUCGUCGUGUUGGAGACGGACGGGGGCGCGUCGUGGGCGUCGGGCGUGGUCAUCGGGGUCCACGGCAGCGGCGGGGAAGGGGAAGAAGGCGGGGGAGGAAUCGGGGGAGUCGGAGGGGUAGAAUGGGGAGGAGGGGGAGGGGGACGACCGGUUCGCGCGCUGGUGCUGACAAACGCGCACGUGGUGCACCCCUCGUCCACCGCGGCGGGCGGCGACGGCAAAGGCCCCAUCGUCCGAUCGAUCCGCGUCGGCAUCCCCGGGACGAAUUCAUGGCUGAACGACGCGGCGCCCGUGUACGUGUCGCGAGGUCCGCUGGACGUCGCCGUCGUCGACGUCAAACUCCACUCGCCGAACGACGCCCGCCGCCUCGUCCCGGUGAAGCGGCGGCUUCCUCUUGGAGCGGGCGGGUCGCGGCUUUCCGGGGCGUCGCCCGGGUCGCCCGUCGCCGUCGUGGGUUUCGCCAGGGUGGGGCCUGGGGCGAUCGACGCGGGUUUCAUCGACUGCUCGCCCGCAGUGCAUCUCGGCUCGGUGUCCGCCGUCGUGAACUUUUCGCACUCGAGGUCGCGGGAUCGAAUCCCGUCGUCGUCGUCGGUGCCGGCGAUGUACCAGACGACGGCAUCGGUGCACUCGGGGGCGAGCGGCGGCGCCGUGGUGUGCCCUCAGGACGGGACUCUCCUGGGUCUGGUCACGUCCAACGCGAGGUUGGGCGCGGGGGGGCGGGUGAUUCCCAACUUAAACUUUUCCAUCCCCGUCGAGCUGCUCGAUCGGGUGUUGGCGACGGCGGCGGCGAAGGGGGUGGGGGAUUGGGCCCGCGCGUUCGAGGGGUGCCUGGAGGAGGCGGAGACGAGCGACGAGCUUCGAUCGAUAUGGAGCCUUCGGGACCCGGCGUCGACGGGAGGGGAGGGCCUGACUAGCAAACUGUGA